AGCUGCCGCGGGGAUUAAACCACCUCCUCGGGCUCCUGCCCUCUGCAAUUUUCUGAUCAUCCUGUGGGGUCGAACUGAGAAAUGCCUGAAGGAGACCACAGAGGAAAUCAGGAUGAUGGGGACAGAAUGCCAUUAUUUCGUCUGUGAUGUAGGAAAUCGAGAGGAGGUCUAUCGGCAGGCCAAAGCUGUGCGGGAAAAGGUGGGUGAUAUCACUAUCCUGGUGAACAAUGCUGCUGUGGUCCAUGGGAAGAGUCUGAUGGACAGCGAUGAUGAUGCACUGCUCAAAUCACAACAUAUAAACACCCUGGGGCAGUUCUGGACCACCAAAGCAUUCCUGCCAAGGAUGCUGGAGUUGCAGAAAGGACACAUUGUUUGCCUGAACUCUGUCCUGGCCUUGUCAGCCAUCCCUGGUGCCAUUGACUAUUGCACCUCCAAAGCCUCAUCCUUUGCCUUUAUGGAGAGCCUGACCUUAGGGCUGCUCGACUGCCCUGGAGUGAAUGCCACAACAGUCCUGCCCUUCCACACCAGCACAGAGAUGUUUCAGGGCAUGAGAAUCAGGUUCCCUAAUCUUUUUCCUCCUCUCAAGCCAGAGACAGUGGCUAGGAGGACAGUAGAAGCAGUUCAGAUGAAUCAAGCCUUCCUGCUCCUUCCGUGGACAAUGCAUGUUCUUGUCAUCCUAAAGAGCAUUCUCCCUCAGGCAGCACUUGAAGAAAUCCACAAGUUUUCUGGGAGCUACACCUGCAUGAACACUUUCAAAGGACGAACAUAGACUUGGUGGUGCAAGGACUGUUCUUCUGUGGAACCAGCACAAGCAUGAAAAUCCUGACAAGGCUGUGAAUCAGCAGUCUUGGCUUUCAGCCUGUUCAUGUGACUUGCGCUGCUCUGAGGCAACACAUUUCUUGCAGGUCAUAUCCAUAGUAACAUGACCUUUGCACAGGAUUGAAUGACUAGACUAUGGACCCUUGGAAAGAAAAACAAAAAGUGUGAAAUGUUUAUAUGAUGGUUAAUUCUUUAGAGUUCAAUUGUUAAAUCUACUUAUAGUUUUAAGAUGUAAUUUUUGUUCCUAAAGUGUCUGUAGGCUGUCUCAGCACAUUACACCCCAUGCAUUCUUUCUCCCCUCUUCAGAGGAACUGCAAUUGCAAACUGCUUCUGGUUUCAUUUCAGCUUUUUGAAUGAGGAACUGAAAAAAUACUUUGAAGAACUAAAAGUUAUAGACAUUUAAUGGAAGCUUCCUUCCCUUCCUUCACUUUACAUCCCUUGAUGAAGCUGUUCCCAAGUCACACCAGGGAAGGAACAAACUGUGGGGCAAUGUUUUCUUUGGUAAGGGCCACCCAGGACUUCUGUCUGGAAGGACUGUGCUGGGCUCAGGAAAGCUGUCUUCCUUCACCUGAGAAGGCUGGAGGGGAAUGCUCAGUCAAAAGAACAGACAGUUUGAAUAGUGGAAGAUUCUUUCUGUCACUGAACUCAUCUAUGAAAUUUAAUUGUCUUUCUGAAUAUCUUUGUUCAUUUAUGAUAAAAUACAUAUAUAUUUUCAGCUUUAAUCCCAGAUUGCCACACAUGUAGGCAGCAUCACACUGGGGAGGAACUAAAUCUGGAACUAAAACUAGAGCCUGCUUAUACAAACAUACAUUCACUGACAUAAUCCAUGCAGAAGAAAAUCCAUUGUUUGAGUCUGCACAGUGAAGUAAGUGGAAUAAUGCUCUAAAAACGAAAGAGACAGUACUUUAGUCCUUAUGAAAUGUGAAGUUUGGAAGCACAGUUAGCAAAGACCUGAUUAAAUGCACAUUGAAUUCAGCUGGGACUAUACCCAUUGUUUGUUAGGGGCAUUGAAUCAGGCACUGUUCAGCCAGAAGUGAUAAAUACUGCUUGGACUGAAAUGCCAGAAGCAGCUAGACAUUAUUUAUUUUUGUAGUGAUACAUUCUCUUUGACAGCCUAGUAAGAGCAACACUGCAUUCCUAUGCCAGAUGCAGUGUGCAGCACUAGGCACAGUAACGUAGCUGGAACACUACUAAAAGAGGAAUUAAUAUAAUUGCAAUACAAGCCCAACUGGAGAACACCUGAAUGAAGUGCCUCAAGGAAGGCCACCUGGUUAAAGUAAAGGAGUGAAUUUAGGGCUCCUGAGUUGAAUUUCAAGCUUUUCUGUAAAUGUCCUGUGUAACCUGAGGCAAACUGCAUAAUUUCAAACCUGACCUGCAAAGCAGAUAUUUCUAGUGUUCAAAUGGAACAUGCUCUAGAAAGGAAAAGUAGUAUUUCUUCAUAAAGCAAGAGCUUCUGUACAAAAGUUUAGAAGAGGAAAACCCUCAUAUGCCUAAAUAUAUCAUUUCCUUUGAGAGACCUGAUUUACAGCAGAAAAGCUGUGAGCUGUAUUUGAAAUACUCUUUCGGUCUGCCAUGUAGAAUGGAGACCAGUGAUUUAGGUGCAAUGAUGUGAAUGUUAAAAACCAGUAGCUAUGUAUCUUCUUGAGCAGUUCGAGAGGAAGACAGCACCCGAGGUGCCACUGAUACAAGCCCCUCUGCAUGUGGGGGUGUUCUGAGGAGCUCUCCUGGCUGGGUCAGUGCUUCCUUUCCAAGUGCAGAACAUACAAGCUGUAGCACUGUGCCAGCUUUGGAAACGUUUCUUACAAUGGAGUUUUGUUUUGAAUUCCUAAAUGUUUGAGGCUCUCUGGAGAGGAUGAAAAGCAACUUUGAUCUCUGUGAUUUUGACACCUACCCUUAUAGAUGCUUUCAGCUUUGUUAUUUGUCAAUUUUUGAGAAGAAACCCAGUUCAUUGAAAACACAAGUGCAAUGAGGGGAGAACCCUUCCAGGAUCUGCCAGGCAUAACACUGAAGGUACCAUAUUUAUCACAAGGCACUUGGGAAGGGAUGAUCAGACAUACCUACCCUUAUGCACUCUGAUCCUUUCUGGUUUCUCAUUAAUCAAUCACAGGCAUGCCAGACUUGUGGAUGCAAGAGCAAACAGAAUUGGUGAAAGAGGGCACAGUCCUCCUUGAAUUAAACCUUUAUGCUGAGAUUCUAUUAUUUGAUAACAUCCUAAUACAAAAGGGAGGUAAAAGCUGAUACACACAUUGAAAUUAAGUCCCCAGUCAUCCCCAAAUCCUCAGAUGAAUCUGCUCUUUUCCUGUGCUGCAUAAAAGAUGUUCCCUAUCAUCAGAGGUUGUCUUACAUACCAAGCGCUGUUGAUUUCUUUCUAAUGAAUAUAAACAAGUCAGAACAUAGCUGAGACUCUCAUCAUCUCACUCUUCUCAUGCACACACACACACAAACUUCCCUCUCUCUUUCCCUCAGGGUCUCUGAGCGGACAGCAGGUCAAAUAGCAGUCACAGUGGGGGAGAGGUAUGCAGCAAACAGAAAAUAAUGAGGAAAACAUUGAUUUUGCUUUUCAGAUAGUAAGGAAGAGUUGGGUAAGUGAGUUUCUUCUCUUGUGAAUGUUGCAAGAUAGAAUGCUCUUCAUCUAGUGAGCUACUUGCAAAUUUGGAUGCAUACAUUUGAAGACUUGUUUUUUAUAGAAGGGCUCCUCUGGAAUGCCUGCUGAGGUCUACUGUCCCCUUCACAUAAGGUUAGUAUUGGGUAAUCUCAAAGUGCUGCAAAUGUCCACAAGCUUUGUUGAAGCCUAAGGCCUUCUCAGAGGAAUUUCCGCCUCUUGACUUACUUAAAUUUUGGUUUUCCCUGCUCUCUCCACUGCCUCCUGCUUUCCACUGCACUAGUUUUUUCCCCUUCUGUUUUCCUGUGUCAUCACUGCACUUCUCCGGGCCACCAUCUUGAAGCCAGAUGUCAUACAGAGAGUGUGGAGUAAAUUGAAAUCUGGGUAUGUAUUUAUUAUCCUGCUGGAGGAAUCUAGGUGAAGCUGUAGGAACAGGUCACGGAAGUUUCGUAUGAAAUUAGUUUUACUUGCUCCAAUCUAUAAAGAAAUAGAAGACCUGUUACCAUCACUUUUAUACAGGAGAUUGCUGCUGGUUUAAGAUUUGAACUAUAGAGAAAUGUUCGCUGUUUUGGGACAUACGUUCUCCUGACAUAAAAAGACCCUGUUUUAAUGGGAGGAUUUUUCAGUUCCAGGUGCUUUCAGAGGCUGGUGUUCAUACAAAGUAUUUUGCAAAAUCAGCAAGGCAGGGCAGGGAGAGGAGGCGUCCUGUGUAAGUAAAUCUGAUUCCUCAUGUUCCAUAUGUAACUUUGUAUUUUGGUUUUGCUGAGGAAAAGACAAAAAUCAUGUUCCCUCAUGCACCCUUGGUGAACUUUAAAAGGCUCUUCCCGCCAUAACCCUGCUGAUGGCUUGGUUUUAGCAGGAUGAAGAAAAGGAGUGAGCUCUGAAGGUGGUUACUUCACAGAAAGUGCCUGGGCAAGUGAUUCUGAUAUUCGCAAAGAGGAACUUGUUGUACUUUCACAUAAGGUGAUAAUGAGUGUAGGUGGGUAUGAUCCCAUCUUGUCUCACAAGCCUUUCCCUGAACACUCCCACCUUCAGAUAUUAACAGAUAGUGUUGCACUUGCCAAAAUCUCAUAAAAACCCAGUCACAGACUCAGCACAGGCAGAGCAUAAAUGGGUGCAUUUAUAUUGAAGAGAAUACAUCUGUUUGUAGCAGAUAUUAAUUUGGCCUCGUGCUUUUCCUCGAGCUGAACUGCAACUGUUAGGAAUACAGGGUGACCUUGGGUCAUCUAUUUUGGUUUUAUUUCUUCAUGUAGCUUUAAUAAACUUAAUCUGGGUGACAGCCACUUUUUUGACAGCAACUUGUUCAUAAGUUUGGGUGUAAAGCAAGAUUAUGUCAAAUGUAAUCUUGCAUUUUCACCAACCAACCAACCACCCCGAGAGUCAGAAUACUCUGCGCUGUCUUUGUAUCUCUUACCUCCCUGGUGCUAAGAUCCUCCAACCUGUUAUUGCUUCUCAGCCUACUAGAGUUUGGAGACUGAGCAAAACCUGUCAGCCACAAGCAGCAGUUACAUUCUCUAGUGAACAGAAUCCUCUUUGCUAAAGGAGGAUUUGAGAUGUGAAUAGUGACAGAUUUAGGAGUGCUGAGGCUUUCUGGCUCUCUCACAGAUUUCAGCCACUAACUUGGAGGUGACAUGAAGAAAAGCAGAACUUCAUCUUCUCCCUGCUAGUUAUUCUCCUUUACCCAGUGUUUCCUACAGGAAGCUGGCAAUUCGCUCACUUUUCUGACUGAUAAACUGCCCCUCUUCCCACCCUCUAGUCUACUAAAAUCACCUCAGUACCUUUCUUCAAUCCCUUCAGGGACUGGCAGCUUCAACAGAAACAACCCUUCCUGUAUUCUUGAGGAGAGUCAGAUCAUCAAGGUAAUGUGCGAGGGAGAAGACCAGGCUUUGCUUUGAUGGGUUUGAGCUACCCCAGCCUGUAGACUAUUUAUGGAAGACACAGGAUGACCUGAAUGCUGCCGGUACCAUGGCAGGUAGUGAGUUCCCCCUGCUCCUGUCAUCUUUCCUUGAAACAUAACUCCCUCUUUUGCUUCUGUAACAGAUGCCUCCAAUGCUUUAGCAGAAACAAACUGUGUGGACUGGGUACAACUGAAAACCACAGACCUCUGAGGAGACCAUUUGUAUCUUCACACCCUUGGGGACACAGAGUCCAAACUUAAUAGUUCCUUAUGCUCACCUUUGCUAUGGGCAUUGUGACACCCUAAUGCAGAAAAAAACCCCCGAGGCAAAUGUAUAUGCUGAUUUUGUGCAUAAAUCUAGAAAACAGUUCCUCAAAUGAGGGAAGAAAGUACUCCAGUUUGAGCCGAGCAUGAGUAAGUAUAUAAGAAAAUAAAAUAGAGGAUAGAUGCAAUUCUAGGGGGAGUGCAGUGGCCUUAAACAGACAGUAGUGAGACACCACCUCGUAUUCUUGAAGUUAGCUAAUAGUAGAGGCAUGUGAUUUCCAUCCAAAGUCUAUAAAAGUGGCACGUUGUUACUCUUCAUUCUUAUGGGUCACCAUGCCCUAAAAAGCAGUUCAUUAACUUUGUAGCCAGUUACUGUUUGCUCUCUCUUGCAUCAUCCAUUGUGACCAGGUAUUAGAAGAACCUGUGGUUCUCUGGCUUCUGUUAGUAAUCAUCCUGACCAAGUGCUCCCAAGUAGAUGUGGUUCAGUUUCCUGCUUUUCUCUUAUUCAAAAGCAUUUUUUUAAUUCAAAUUUUAUUUAGCUGAAAGAGUUGCCUCUGUGUUGUACAGGCUUUUCACAGACAGGCAUCCUAGGCAUGAGUUUUCCCUGUCUAUAUUAAUCAAAUGAUAAUGAAAAGAAUACAGAAGUGAAAAGUUGUUGUUUGACGUCUUACCCAAGCAUCCUCAUUCCCAAAGCCAUGUGGAAUUAAUGGAGGGAAAUACUGUUGGAAUAUCAGUGCCUUAAAUCUGGACAUGUCAGAAGCCUUCUGGCUUCUGCAUGAAAGUGACCCUGGCUUCUAAAAUUGACUUUGUACAGGUGUUCUGAGGCAGUUUGCUACUGAGACUGGUUACCUGAGCAAGCCACUAUUACAGUGCACUGGUACAGAGGAAGAGGGCAUGGAAAACUGCAAUACAUAGAAGCACUGAACAAAUGGAUUUAAACGUGGUCCCACGAGAUGCUUUUGAAAAAUCCAGGUUAAAGAAUGAGAUGACACAUGAUAGCCAGUACAGAACCAAGUACUGCAGUGAGGUCAGGCACUUAAGGGUGUCAGAGUAGCCUACGUGACUCCCAGAAAUCCUGCCUUAGAUUUGAACCCUGACUAGUUCCUUCCCUUAAACCACUAUGUGCAAACACUGGGCAUAGUGAAUAUGUUAACCAAAAUGCUGCUUCAUCUUCCUUUUCCACAUUAGGCUUCUACUUUGGGCAUUGCUCUUGAUUUGAUGAGUGUUCCCAGGUACUGCUCUGCCAUGUUACACUGUUAACAUUAGCUGUAAGAAAAGGAGGUAAUUCAUUGCAAUCUAUUCCAGACAAGUCAACUGUUUGUGCCUUUGUGCAGAGGAAGGACUACAAUAAAUGAAGGGGUUUCUGGAAUAUUUAGCUACAUGAAAAAUGCUGUCAUAUGAAAUCAAGAUUUAUAAUAAAAAGGGUUCAUCUCAGAAGAACAUAAA